CUGCUCAAUAUUCAUUGGCGAAAGGUUGGUAGCAUUGAGUUCAUGCUGCUCAUAAGUACUGCCCUUUGCGAGUUUAACAACUUUAAGUUGGCAGCUAUUAAAGCUGCGUAUCGACUUCGCGCAGCAAACCAUCGAGCAUUGGCUCGCGCGACAGCCACGCACAUUGUAUCUGUAUACUGUGUUGACGCGCUCGAACGAGCCGCGCGAAGAACUAAUCCGAGUCGGUUUUUGACAGGGUGGCAAAGGAAUCUCAGUGUCAACGAUUUCUAUGUAUCGAAAUGUUUUGCUUUUGACGACUUCCACUUCAUGAAAAAUAAAGAUGUACCCAAUGAAACAUUUGAUACUUUAUAUGAUGAUGAUGUAAGUUAA